AUGUACAAGAGAGAACCUUUUACAGCAGAUGGGAAAAAAAAAGAGACCAGGAAAGCUACUGCGAAAGAGGUUGGAGUUGAGAAAGAGGAUGGAGCUGAGAAAGAUGUUGGAGCUGAGAAAGAGGAUGGAGCUGUGGAAGCGGAUGGAGCUAAGAAAACGAUUGGGACGAAAAGGAAAAAGACCGGAGUAGCACGUAAGACCAACAACAAGAAGACAAAGAAUGGAUAA